CUCUUUCCCAUUUCUCUUCCACGUACACAUUACCUUCCCCAGUUGCCAGCCUCUGACAAUUCCCCACUUCACUUACGACAAAUUUUCGUAGUGCUGGCGAUGCAAGGCGUCCACCGCUACGGGCAGCUAGCUGAAGGCGGAGUAAGGCUAGAAUUGACUCCAACCACCACCUCGCCACUCGCCUUAGACGAGGCGGAGUCAACGGAGAUGCGUAUCCAGCGCCUAAUCUCUGAAAAUCCAGUUAUCAUCUUCAGCCGUUCUUCGUGCUGCAUGUGCCACGUCAUGAAACGCUUGCUCUUCACCAACGGCGUGCACCCCACCGUCAUCGAAUUGGAGGAGGACGAAAUCGUCGCUCUAAAUAACAACCAGGUUGCCGCCUCCGCCUCCGCCCCCGCCCCAAAAGGCGGCGAUGGCGACGUUGGAAGGGAAGGUGUAGGUGCACCGGCGUUAUACAUAGGAGGUGCACUUGUUGGUGGGUUUGAAAGUCUCCUGGCACUCCAUUUGAGCGGUCACCUCGUGCCCAAGCUUAUUGAAGUUGGCGUUCUUCAAAAUAAUAGGGUAUUGUAAUUAUUAAUUAUAAGUUACUUAAAAGCUUGGGAUCUUGACAUGAUUCUAGUUUAAUUAGCCGAGACCAAAAAAUAUAUAUAUUCGUAAAGGUUUCGUUCUCUUAUUCGUGUAGUCCUCGUGAUUAGUAAAUUCUUAGCAUGAAUUGUGACUUUUUUAUGUGGUUUUUAUUUGAAUUGUAAUGUUAGUGGCAUAUAUUUUGUAAUGCUUCUUAAUUUCAAAAGAUUUUAUGUAAAUUUCUUUAUUUGAA